UAGAGAGCAAUGACUAUUUAGCAUUGGAAAAUUGCAUACCACAUAAAUUAUAGACAUUUUUACCGUUCGUGGGCAUAAAUUAUUUAAAUUGACAUCAUAUAUUAUAGCGAGCAUGAAACGACGCAUACUUAAUGUUAAACUCAGAAUAAACUUAUACAGACAGUAACAUCAUGCCAGAUUCGAAGUAACAAUUUCUGGUACUUUUUUAUUAUUUAUUUGACGUUUCGUUGCGGGUGAUUUCUUUGCCAUCGUUGAAUUUGAUUUAUGCUUAACUUUGGGAGACAAGUAAUCGGUAAUUUAUUUUUUCACCAAACAGAAAAAAACACUUCAUCUAUCCAAAGUUCUAAGCUCAACACCACCGCAGCGUGGUAUUUUCAAUAUGGGGAAGCACCUCCAUGUUGAAAUGAAUUUCUGUGCAGAAAGUACACUCAUUGCAGCCUUGAAAUCUCGAUAAAAAUGACAGAUAAAAUAAGCAAUCAAGACUUAUGCAAUGAAGUGGAGAAAGCUCAUCAUCGAAUAAAGAGUUAUAUCAGACGGACACCUUUAGAAUAUUCUGCAUAUCUAUCGGAAAGGACCUGCGCAAAGGUUUAUUUAAAACUUGAAUCUGAGCAAAUCACAGGUGCAUUCAAAGCAAGAGGAGCCUUCAAUAAAAUCUUGAAAUUUUCGGAAAAUGACAGCAAACAAACAGAAGGAAAGAAAUUUUUCACUGCUUCAUCUGGCAACCAUGGAAUGGCAAUGACAAUGGCUCUCCAGGCGUCGGGUAAGAAAGGAACCAUCUACGUUCCAAACAAUGUUGCAAAAUCAAAGUUUGAAAAUCUUGUUCUACACAAGGCCGAUGUUCGGAAGUUUGGUGAUGAUUGCAUGGUCACAGAAAGAGAAGCCAUGAGAGCUGCAAAGGAAGAAGGUGGUAUCUAUGUCUCACCAUACAAUGAUCCGGAUAUAAUUGCUGGACAAGGAACCAUUGGGCUCGAAAUUCUACAAGAUCUCAAAGAUGUUGAUGCUGUUUUUGUAACUGUUGGGGGAGGAGGACUGAUAAGUGGAAUCUCAUGUUAUUUGAAGCAAAUGAAGCCGAACAUCAAGAUAGUUGGUUGCAGUCCUGCCAACUCAAAUGUGAUGGAACAAUCUGCUGAAGCCGGUAAACAAAUCGAAAUCGUAAAUCUCGAAACAUUAUCUGAUGGAUCUGCAGGUAACAUUGACAUUCCCAGCAUAACGUUCCCAAUAUGUCAACGUAACGUGGAUCGCUGGGUGAACGUUACUGAGGACGAGAUUGCUGAUGCCAUGUAUUUGAUGUUGGAUGUACACCAUAAGGUAAUUGAAGGAGCAGCAGGUGUCGCCCUUGCAUCAUUCUUGAAGGUCAAAGCUGAUUUUCAAGGUCAAAAUGUAGCUGUUGUUAUAUGCGGUAGCGGAGUUGGCAUAGCAACCAUAAAGAAAAUCAUCGACACACAUUGGAAAGAAUAAAAUGCAGGAUAUUGGGGGUUUUAACACAUUUGUGUUUUAGGCCAGUAUGGUGCUAGUGUGUAAUCCAAUAUUAGUAAUAAUAAUUGUUAGCUUCUAUUAUAUUUUUAGCUAUAUAUUUUACCAUCACGGGACUAAAAAAAAUAUACAAGGUGUCCAAUAAAAUUUCGACCGAUUUUACAGUAAUAGCAAUUAAAUUUUUUUUUUAUUCAUCAAUAGUUCUUAUUGUGCUUGUAGUUCUCAUUUAUCAUACAAUAAAAUUUAUUGGGUACUCCUGAAGUAUGCGAACCAAGAUGGCGGAUAUCG